UUUCGUCCCAAUACAAAACAAAUCAUUUUCAAAUCAGCUGUUGCAUUAUGUAUAAUGCCGUAUAAUACUUAUUUGUUAUAGCUUAUCAUUAAUUUUUAUAUGACACACUUUGAACAUUAUGCUUGCAAAAAGCAACUGUAUUUCAUAAAUAAUAAUACUUUAAGCGUUUAAGGAAAAAAAUGAAAAUGGACGUAAAAGAACAGGGCAAGCCUCAAAUACAAGCCGUCAUUGACGUAUUACUGGAGAAUGUAGCGGAUAAAAACGCAGUUGUAUCGGAAAGUAUUUCCACUUCUCUUCGCAAAAUCGCCAAAACCUACACUAACGACGUUUUAAUCGUGUGCUGCGAAUUCUGCAAGACCCACGAUAAAAUAACCAAAGAGCAUCUAUCGGAAAUACUGAAGACGAUGGAGUGCAUUUGUCGUGAUUACAUUUUGGAAAUUGACGGGGACACGGUGAUCACUCUGGUCGAAUUUUGUGUAAAAACUAUGACGCAAAAUAUUUCGUAUGAACCACUUGUUCAGUUAGCGGCGUCUGAGAUUCUCGUUGCUUUAGGAUCUAAGCACUGCGUACAGGUUAUCGAUAAUUUACAAUCUAAAUUGGAAAAAAAUACGAUUCCUCACUAUUCAAUACCGUACACGUUAGGAUCGCUAGCAUCGUCCAAUGCGUUUGGGAUUGUACCGUAUAUUAAAAAUAUAUUCGAAGUUCUUGUACCAAUGAUGAACUACAUUAAAACUGAUCAUCAUAAGGAUUCUGUUGCAUAUGCUCUGGGACGUUUCAGUGAAGCGAUUACCGAAUACAUGUGCAAUAUAAGUACUGCACCCGAUCCAACCAUAACGGCAUCCCUAUUUUAUGUAGAAUUGGGAAUCGCCUACGAUGUACUUAGCGGAAUAUGGUUAUUCUCGAAGGAUGCGAAGGUCGCGCAGACUGUACUUGUCUCGAUUUCUUCCAUUCUACCCAACCUUAGCGCCGAUAAAAUCAAUCAGCAAACCACUAAGAUUAUUCCGGUCCUAUUAAAUCUGUAUAAGAAGCAUAAAGAUCCUCUUCCGGUAACGCAAUGUCUUGGAUCAUACAUUCAGGUAGCCGCUUUGGCUAAUGGAACGUUACUGGAACCUUCACUAGCGUCCACCUUACACAAUAUUAGCGAUUUUAUAUGCAUUUCGCCAGAUUACGCCCAGCCCGAAUUGCUUCGGAAUCAUUCGGAGGUGCUGCGUUGCUAUGAAAGUUUGACUGUGCACUUCACAGAUCACUGUCUCGAUUACAUAUUGGCCCACUUGCACAAUAAUAAUGAAAAGGAGCGCAUCAAAGCUCUUUUAAUACUAGCGCAUCUUACAAACUCCUCUGAAAACGUUAUACAGAACAAAAUCAAAGAGUUUUUGCAGACUCUACUCGAACUUACCGUGGACAACAGUUUGAGAGUCAAGAAGGUGUUGCUGAAAACGAUUGUCGCGUUUGCGUAUAAGGGUUUGCUGCCGAAGGGCAACGAGCAGAAGUAUCUUGAGUUUAUUUUAAAACUGUGUUGCAAACAAGCGCCGAAUAGGUAUAACCAGUUCACACAGCAGGAACUGUGCGAUCUACAAACAACCGCUGACAAUACCCUUUACAUGUUGAGCACGUCUGUUAUAGAGCUGGAAGACGUGCUCUGGAAUUUGUUGAUAACUUGCUUUCUCAGUCUGGAAUAUUCCGAAUCUUGCAUCACAAUAUUGCGGUGUCUGACGCAUCUCGCCGCACGUAAAUAUUCCUCCGAAACUUGUGUCGCUGCAUUUAUCAGAUGUAUUGCCUUGCUCGCUCAUCCAGUGACCGAGUUUCGUGGAACUUUCAUUUUGAACUUUUUGAAAAAUAUAAGCUUAUAUCAGAGUGCUUCGUACAAAAGCGUUUGGGAAGCCAAGAUUGCACAUCUUGUAAAAUACCUCGAGCAGAACUAUGAUAAUUUCCACUAUAAAGAUUGGGAGUACUUGAUUUAUGAUUUUAUGGGUCUCAUCUUGGAGAAUAUUGAGGAUGACGUCUUUAACGAGAAUCUUAUAUUGGAAGCAAAAAAACAGUUACCGCUGUAUAGUACCAAACCUUUGGAGAAGUGUCUCCUACUGAAAUGUAUGGCCAUAAUAUCGUGUCAUAUCAAAAAUGAUAUCAUUGUGAUUGAUGUACUUAACAUUAUUAUUGAAAUGAUCAAGUUUAAUGAUGGAUCCGAGUUAAGUCAGUGCGCCGAAGCGAUCGGGAUUUGUUCUCGAGCGCAUCUCAAACUUGUCUUGGAGAAAUUCAGUACCAUUCGUAAGGAAGUUUUGGGAAAGAAGUCGUUGAAGUUGUCAUUCAGCUUUAUGAGUAAUCAAAGGCAUGAAAUCGAACUUGAGAGAAUACGGCAAAUGGUAUUAGCGAGUUACUCGCAGAUUUGUAACGAGGCGCCAGGCGAAGUACUUCUUCAAGUCGUACAAUACGAAAUAUUAGAUUUCGCUGUUAACGAGUUGAAAAGUUGCAAAGAUUUUACAGUUCGCCAGUACUGUCUGAAGGUUAUCGGGUCGGUAGCGGAUGCUUUACACCCUAACAGAAAUUCAUUACAUAUCCACAUGCAAGAUAGAGAUAUUAUUUUACCUCUGGUAACAGGACAGCUUCUUUUACAUAGUGGACCUGACUACAUCGAACUGUUUCCCGUAAUACUGCCUGUGAUUAUGUCUUUGAUUCGACUACCUCCGGCUUUGGAGGAGGAGCAACGGUCGACGCUUUUAAAGCAUUGCUUCGAUAAUAUCUACAAUGCGUCUGCCAUAUACUGCAAAAUUAACGCCGAGUGCACUCCUGGAACCGGUACUUACUACGGCGAUUUAAAAUUGGCGCCUUUCGUUUACAGCAGCUUUACCAAGCUAAAUUUCGUCGUGCAAGAAGUUUUAAUGCAGAGUUUAUCCCCGUCGACUUUAGAUGAGAUUGUGUCCCUGUUGGAACCAUGGUUAGGUCGCAAAAAGGCCGAGCAACGUCUGCCUGCCCUCGAAACUCUUAGGGACGCUUUGCAAUCUUACUUAGAUAACGUGAAGUUUGGAUACGAGGCACCUACCAGCUUUACACAAUCCGGUUUUCUGCUAGCACGUGUCGUUCCACGUUGCACGGAUCCCAAUAGGACAAUACGAAAGGUUGCGGUGGAAACUUUAAGGCUUAUUUUGUGUAUUACCGCCCGAUAUGAAGGUCACGUGCGCGAUCAUGAUCAAAUUAUUAAGCAGUCCUUAGUGAGAAUCCAGGAGGAAAUCGACUCGAGUAAAUCGAAAGUGCUGUUCAACUUAACCACUGAUUUAUCGAACGUGAUCGUGGAACAUUUACCAUCCGUGCAGUUGCCAUAUUUUAUAAGCCAUCUAAUUGACGCAUUAUUGGAUGCGGAAUCGUUAAGCUCUAGUGGCAGCACUGUUGUUCUUAAUGCUGUGAUAAAGAGUAAAGGUGACGAUUUGUCGAUGAAUGUGUCGGAUUUGUUGAAUAAGCUGCUGAGCAUUUUGGAUCAAAUCACCUGUGUACGAACGCGAGCUUCGGCGUUGCGUGUUGUGUUAAAUUUUGCUUUGUAUCAUUCCAAAGUGGUAGUGGGGAUGUUAAUGGCCCAUCCCUUGCCCUUCACCCAAUAUGUAAAUGACUGUUGGGUUGUUCUUUCGACUGAUGUGGAACUAGUCUGUGAUAUAUUGGAUCAGUUUACUAAAAUAUUUAAAACUUCAAAUCUUUACGAAGAUCAGUCAAGCGUCAAUCAUUUACGGAUUGUUACAAUACAGCCAUUGCAGGCAUUAGCUGCAAUGAACCAAAUAUUCACAAACUCGCAACUGGACGGAGUUUGCAAAAAAAAGUUUCCCGAGCUGUUCUCUAUCCUGUAUAUCACGUUGGCGUCGUAUAUUGGCACAGCUGCACCAGCUACAACUACGAGAACGACCAACAAAAAGGAAAAGUACAGCAUAAUCCCAAAUAGAGAAGCGUAUAGACUGAAUCCGUUAACAAUAUGCAUGUCAACUCUAUGUACCUUUUUGGGUUGCGCCGGAUACACUUCAGUUUCCGAAUCAUUGGUCGGUUACAAUUUGGAAACUAUCGAACAGUUCCUCGCUGUGGUACCCUUACUCACCGAAAAUCUUUCUAUGACUCUUUCAGAAAAUUUCCCAUGGGUUGUGAGUUGUAUCGCGCCUUACUUGAAAUCCGAAGUUGAGUAUCAACGUAUGGCAGCCGUUACAUUUUUGGCGUCUUCGAUUAAGUACGCACCGCAAAAUGAUCACGUUCUGUUAGAGAGCUUGAUUGAAAUGCUUCUGUCAGUGCAGAAUGACAGUAGCUAUAUGGUUAGACAGAAUAUGUUGCGUGGAUUGGGAUAUGUUGCCGAGUAUUUGUCGAGCGAGUUGGUUUUGAGAUAUGCGGACAGUUUCUUUACAAACUUCAUGCAGGGAUUAGAUUACAAUACAGUCAGUAACGAAUCCGGCGUAACUCUAGAUUCCAUGCUUGGUUUAUCAAAAUUAUUAAAAAUACCAGAAGUGAACUGCCUAUACUCCGAACAAGUGAAAGCUGCAAUGCGAAUUAAGCCCUUAUUCGAACAAGACGACGAACUACUACGUGAAGCCGCCAUUUAUCUUUUUGGAAAUUUAGGAUCAUCAAUUACCGACACCAUGCAAUCGUCCGAGGCGUUCCGUGAGCAGGUCUGCGGAAAUCUUAUAGCAUUACUGCUUCAUUUAUGUGAUGAACAACCGUCUGUUGUUAAGGCGUGUAAGUAUUCACUUCGAAAGGUGGCUCCUUUCUUAAAAAGCACCGAAGUCAACAAGAUGAUUCAGGAUCACAUCCUGGAAGAGGCUACUCUACAUUUUUCCGACUUCAUAGCCGACUUUGUGAAGACGAUGGGGAAGGAGUUACCCGACUUUUUCCCAAUGUUUUUAAUGACCAGUGUUUCGUAUUUCAAGAGUGCAUGGGUAGACAUAAGAGGUUCCUCUGCGCUUUUGGCGGGCUUGCUGUACUCUCAAAUAACAGAUGCAGAUAUUCGUAAACAAGUGUCACUGGGCACAGUAUGUCAUAGGUUAUUACAGUUGUUGAAAGACGAAAAUCCUCAAGUACGAAUGAAAGCUGUCCAGGCAAUUGCUUGCUUGUAUGACAAGUGAUUUAUUCGUUGAGUUUCCAAUUUUAUACUAUAUGGCUUGUUUUUGUUUUUAUGUAGUUUAUAGUUGAUUUUAUAAGUUGUGUAAUUAUUGUGUUAAGUUUUAACGUUGCUUUUAAAAACCUUGGCAUAUUUAUGAAUCAUUUUUAAGUAAUAUAUAUUCUUGUAUACCAAA